UCUUCCAAGGUAAUGAUUAAGCUGAGCGCCAGGCAAGGGCACGGUCGCCCAAGCAAGGAAGGUGAGCCCUAUUCACACCUCAGCCAGGCUGUGGUGGCCCGGACUGUUUGGGAAGGCAGGGCCCCCAGGCACGGGGGCCUGGAGCUGGCAGCCACAGCCUCCCCCUGCACAUAGGCUUCCAGGAGCAUCUCGGGCCAGAGCCUCUACUGCCCACCCUGCUGGGACCCUCUCCUUGACCCGGGCACCAUGAAACUGCAGGUGUUCUGGACCGGGCUGGAAUACACCUGCCGGCUCCUAGGCAUCGCCACUGCUGCUGUGUUGAUCGGCGUGGGCACUGAGACCUUCAUCCAGGGGCAAUUCAAAAGCCUGGCUUUCUAUCUACUGUCGAUAGGAGCUGCCAUCUCCGUGUGCGAAGGGGCCUACUUUGUGGCUCAGCUUCUGGCCAUCUGCUUCCAGUGUCAGCCAGGGUCCCUGGCCUACAGAGCAAGGGAGAACGCCUGCUGGCUGGGCUGCUUCCAGAAGUUCCUGGCCUACAUACUGCUGUCCGUGGCCUGCUUUCUCCACCCUGUUCUGGUCUGGCAUGUGACCAUCCCAGGCUCCAUGCUCAUCAUCACUGGUCUGGCCUACUUCCUGCUGAGCAAGAGGAAGAAGAGCAAAGCUGCCCCCAAGGUGCUGGCCUCCCCAGAGCAGUACACAGACCCCUCCAGCAGUGCCACGAGCACCACUGGCUCUGGGGACACCGAACAAACCUAUACCUUCCACGGGGCCCUCAAGGAGGGGCCUGGCUCCCUCUUCAUCCACAUGAAGAGCAUCCUGAAGCGGACCAAGAAGCCCAACACCUUCCAGCGCCCAGACACCCUGACGGAGCUGACUCUGGAGCCAGCUGACUCGCUGGCCAAGAAGAAGCAGGUACACUUUGAAGACAGUGUGGUCAGAAUCAUCCCGUCCCUUGCUGAAGGCCUGGAUGAUGGGGACAGCGAGCCAGAGGAGACCACCUCUGACACCACCCCCAUCAUCCCUCCCCACCAGGCCCCACUCUUCCUGCCUUCUCUCACGGGCACUGGCUUAUUCUGAGCUCAAGUUCAAGCCUGGGGGAUGCUCAGAGAGGGGUCUGCAUAGACUGAUGCUCCUGCCUGGAGUUUCCUGAGAUCCAAGUGCCCUCCAGGGAGCUCAGGGUCUUCACAGGUCAGCUCUUUAAGAAAUGACCAGACAUCCCCAUGGCGGCUGGACCUCUGGGCCAUUGAGCAGCAUGACAGGUCCUGCAGAGGCCUUCAGGGAGACACAAAUGAAGCUCAUGCUGCCUCAAGCCAGUACAGCUUCCUCCCUCCUGGACAAAGAGUGGUGAAAUCCUUGUGCUUUCCCCAAAAGAGGCCAUCACUCCCAUUUCACACAAGGCUGCCUCACCCCCAGGAGGAGCCAUCAGGCCUCUGGCUCCUGACACAGGGUCCAGCACUCAGCAAGGACUCAUGGCCAGCCCAUCUCUGAUGCAACAUUCCAGCUCUGAAGGCCCAGGGAUGCGUUGGUAACUUAAGCAUCUCAAAGGCAGGUGUCAACAGUGGGCGGGGUCCCAACCCCCAAGCGAGAUUGCCCAGGAUAGGGAGGAAAGGCAAAGCUGAAGCCCUCAGGGUGGAGCAGUGCCCAGUGAGCGAGCAGCAGGCUGCAUUCUUUGCCUGCUCUGGGGCUGGCGCUGAGCAGCAGGAGUUACAGAGUCGCUCAGGGAAACAAUGCUGCUCUGUGCUCACUUCAGGAAAGCCGGGCCAAAUGAGUGAUGCUCAUUCCAGAAGCAUUGCUGAGGGCUCCCUGAACCCCACCACAUGGACUUCUCCAAGAUUCCAAGUAGAUGAUGUAAACUAAAAGAUCCUGAAAGCCGAUGACAAUCUUCAGCAGUGAAUGCCAUGGCACAGCACACAGUGCUUGCUGUGUGCAGGAACCAUGGAGGCGGUGCCCUGAGACUCACACAGCACAGAGAAGUGGCUCUGCCACACUUUGGUGCCUGGUAGCAGAAUGAGUGAUAAAUACAUGUUUGUUCAAAAUGAGUGGGAGGGAGGGAAGAGGAGAAAAAGAGGGAGGAUUGGAGGAAAAUGGCCAGGCAGGCUAGCUUUCUCCCACAGGGCUAUGGAAGUGACAGUUAACCUAGAAUGAACAAAGAAAUAUGAAUCAUAUAGUUCUUAGCUAAAAAAUUUACAAUAUGGUUUUUAUUUCUAAAAAGUGUCCUUUGUUCCACAGGAUUGUUGCACGGAAGAUCAGACACAUCAUUUUUCAUAGGCAAUCUUAAUUACUGAGCAGUCUGAAGAAACAGUUAUGUGGCUCCCCAGCUCGUGUGUGUGAGCAAACCCCUGGGUUCUGUAGAGCAAGGCUGAAAAGACAUGAUUUAAGGUCUAGAUAAGAAAUGUGCGUUCGUCUUGCACACUUUUCAACAUCCCCUACCAGUUAUUUUGCAAAGGUAUGAAAAUAACAGCCAACCCGAAGCUAGUAUCAGUUUGGUGGCUAAAUGCAGCAGGUGUCCCAAAUAAACAGACUUCUUCCUGAAAUAACCUAGUUCUUCUCUGAAACCGAGUGAGAAAAGGCAAAUGAAUGCAUUCCCAUAAGCCCUCCAUGGUGGAAGCAAUAGAACUGUUUCUUUAGCUGCCACCAAGGAGGGACUUCAGGAUCUGAGAGUCACAGUCGAGGGAGAGUGAAUAAUACAGAAAGUGGGUAUGGGUAGGCGCCGAUCGCGUCCAAUUCCUUAUGGGCCAGGUGCCCAGGCAGGCCCCCUGCACACAGGAGCCCAAGUGGGGAGGAGCCAGGGGUCCUGUACCUGUCAUGAGUGGGAGGGGAAUGUGAUGGGCACAGACACCCUCAUGGCACAGGUGAGGCAGGCCUCUGGGGAACCCGACACUGCGGCUCUGCUCUCAGAGCCCAAGCCAGCAGAGCUGGUUGGAUGACCAGAUCGCAAGAAGCAAACCCGAAAGUGUAACGUCAAAGCUGUCAGAUCCCAUUUAAUAUACACUUCUGUAAACCCAACUGUUAGAUCAUCGUCUUGGAUGCAUCUUAGAGGUGAGGUGGGCAUUGGGAGCUCCAGGUGAUAUGAAGUGCAUGUGAUCCUGAGACAUCUGGGCUUCCUGGUGCCUGAACUAAGUUCAGGGCACCUGCUGUUUAUGUAUGCAGCGUCAGAGGCUCAGACAAUUACGAUCUUACCUAGCUUAGCAAAGGAAAGCCCUCAAACACUCUUAUUGCUGCCCCUUACCCCAAAAACAACUGGGAUGAGAUCAUUGACUAGACCAGAACCCUCACCUCCGACAGUGGACCAGGCAAAAAGAGGCACCUCCCAUUAAGCAGAUGAACACCAUGCGUCUCCACUUGAUUCGUAGCCCGAGACACUCUAUAGCUGCAUCCUUAUCCACUGCUGUCCCUGCAAAGAAGCUGUAAGAGCCCUCAUUCUUGCCAAGAAACAAAAGCCAGAAGGGCUGACCCGUUGUGGCCCGCCUCCCUUUCUCAGCAGAAAGCAGAGCAGAUACUUUGCAGAUGUAGAAAAAAGCGAUUAGAAGUAGAAAGACGAAUCAUUAAACAUGCCACUAACACGUUGAGUGAUCUUGGCCAAACCCCUUCACCUCUCUGGUCUCAGGUUCCCCUAGUAAGUGCGAAUAACAGCACUUCUCUCAGGACUGGUACAAUGACCUCAACCAAGAGAGAUGGGGAAAGUGCUCUUCAGAUUACAAAUCACCCACAUCAUUGUGACUGAAUGUUCCUAUGACCAUGGGGGUCUCAUGGUGAGGACGCCCCAAAGCAAGGAAGCACUGAGGAAACGCUACCAAGACUUGUCUGUGGGGCAAAGCCAAUGUUGGUCCAAGAGCUCCUUUCUCAACUCCAGAUUCCAGUGGGAAGGGUGCAGCCACCACCCUCCAGAUUAGAGAGAGAGCCGUAGUGGACCCCAAUCAUGAGGAGCCAUGCCCUGGAGGUCACCCAGGGUGUCCAAUCUCUCUCCCACCAAUCCUAAGGGAUUUUUUAUUUUAGUUUUUAAAAUGUCUUUAUUGAGAUAUAGCUCAAAUAUAAAAUUGAACAAUUUAAACGGUUUUUAGUGUAUUCAUAAUCAAGUUCACCACAAUCAAAGUUCACAUUAUUUUUCAUCAACCCCCCAAAAAACCCAUUAGCAAUCAUUCCCCACUCCAUCCCACACCCACACUAAGCAACCGCUAGUCUAUUCUCUGUCUUUUUAGAUUUUCCUUUUCUAUACAUUUCAUAUAAAUGGAAUCAUAUAAAAUGUGGUCUGCCACGACUUGCUUUGUUCACUUAGCACAAUUUUUCAAGGUUCAUCCUUGAAACAUGUGUCUUUAUUUCAUUCU